CGCUGCAGCAGGAAGCCAAAGAGGAGAGAAUCCAUCGAGUCGACCACCGAGCACGGUUAGGGCGGCGGGGCUCGCCGUGGCCACAGCUCAGGAAUCCAAUCCCCCACUCCUCACCGGCGCCCGCGGUUUUAUAAAUAGAUUCCCUCGUCACUGUCGCGGUCGCGGCUUGAUCGGAUUCAACUCACCUACCCCACCCCCUCGAUUCCUUCCCAGCUCUGGCUACUUCCUACGCCACCACCGCCCGCUCCGGCCUCGGCUCCUCGAGCAAGCUGCCAUGGCUGCCGCCGCGCUGAGGGAGCAACUCAACGCUCUCCUCUCCUCCAUGUUCGCCUCGGGUCUGGUGGACGAGCAGUUCCAGCAGCUGCAGAUGCUGCAGGAAGACGGGGGCACGCCGGGCUUCGUCGCCGAGGUCGUCACCCUCUUCUGCGACGACGCCGACAGGAUCAUCUCCGAGCUCGCCGCUCUGCUUGACCAGCCCAUCGUGGACUUUGAUAAGGUGGACGCCUACGUGCAUCAGCUCAAAGGGAGCAGCGCCAGUGUUGGCGCUCAGAAAGUGAAGUUUACUUGCAUGCAGUUCCGUCAGUUAUGUCAGGAUAAGAACAGAGACGGGUGCAUCAUGGCAUUGGCUGUUGUGAGAAAUGAGUUCUAUGAUCUGCGCAAUAAAUUCCAGACUAUGCUUCAGCUUGAGCAGCAAAUCCAGGCUCAACAAUAAAUCGAAGCAGAAAGCGUAGCUGCAUGUGGCCUCACAUGAUAAGUGUAUCUUUAAAGAUGUAGACCAUGUUCUCUGUGUUCCUACAAUUGUGACAAAAUCAUCGUCGUUGAGGUCGGCUCACAUGCAUGUAACUGUUAGCUAUAACAAUUAUUGUCUAACGUUGUCCUUGUUACUCCACCCGUUUGUGUUGGAUUGCCAUCGACCAUCAUAUGAAAACUUUUUUUUUCC